CAGCCUCUGGGGGAAAAACCUUUUCCUGAGAUCCAACCUAAAGCUCCCCUGACACAACUUCAGACCUUAAAAGGCACCAGAGGUUGUGAGGUUGUAAUUCGGAUAUCCAGGAGGAACCUGUUCAUUUUUUAAUGCUGUUGUUUAGUUCUCAUCGACACAAAUUGCAGGUGCCUAAAGUGUUUGCUUUGGGAAAAGGGCUUAGAAGUGCACGUUUCACGUCAACACGUCUUAGUUUUAUUUGUUUAUUUUUUUAAAUGCAAGGGGGAAUGUUUCUAUCCACAAGAAGCCAUGUUUAUUUAGAAAGCCUAAUGAUUCCAUCAGGAGAAGUGUACAUGAUCAAACUUAAAAUCCACAAGAGUCUCGAUGACAUUUGAUUGUGCUGCCCUCACUUUAAAGUCCUCACUUGUCAAGUGAGCAGACCAGUCUGCCAAGGGGAGACUCAGUGGUUUUGGUUUCCCAGGACCUGUUUUCUGUUUCAGAAAAUGAAGAGGAGGGAGAGGAGAGUGUAUCUAUCCCUUUGGAAAGGCUUUCAUCUGCAGAGUGAUUUGCCUGGCUCAUCCUUUCCCAGAGAAUAAUGCCUUUUUAGGAUUAUUUCAGCAUUCAUUUCCCAGUGGCAGAACUGAAGAUAGCAGACUAAUUCCAUUGAUUGGCCUCUAUCUGAGGUAUCUAAAAUGGGUAUUUUAGACAGCAAAAACCCUUAGUAUUUUCAGCCUAUUUCUCAUAGUGAGUGAUUGCUUUACUAGUGAUUGCUUUACUAUUUUCAGCAGGUUCACUUAACUCAUGGUCAGUCUUCUGGGGGUUAAAACAAAAAUAGUAAUUUGUGAUGCUGAAGCCAAUCACUGGUGGUUAUAGAAAUGUUACUAUGACAAUUAAGACCAUUGCUGCAGAAUACUCUGUAGUGCAUUUUUUUGGGUUUAAAUAAAGGCUCUGUUUCCUGGUGUAAAGGAUGAUCUGACAGUUUAUGAAGAGCACUGUAGUAUAGGGAGUAUCUGAACCAUUGUUAAAGCUCUUGGAAGGGUUUCUGGUUAACAGUGAUUUGCACAAGAAGCAUGUGGUCCAUCAGAAACUCUCAGGCUCCUCUUUAAGGUAUUUUACUGCUCUUGUCUUAGUUGCUUUCCCUGAAAAAAAAAAAAACCAACAAAAAACAUGGCUUUGAUGUUUUAUUGCUGCAUGAAAAUACCUUUUUAUCCACUUUUUUUUGAUACUACAUUUUGCUUCUUCAUUGCGUCCCCAAACCCCAGCUUGUCAGACUGUGUGAGCAAAACUAACACUGUUUCUGGAGUUACCACUUUGCCACUGAUCUUGGUACUGCUGAGAGUCCCAGAGUUGUCUUCUUUCUUUGUGCUGUCUCACUGUUAGUGCAAAAUCUGGCAAGUGCCCCUCUUCAGCUCUUGCUGGGAUGUACUACAGUUCUUCUUGACCUCCAGAUGUUUUGUAAUGUACCAAAGUGCCUUUAUAGUUUUCUCUCUUAACUUAUGACUUUUUUUUUUAUUGUUAUAAUGAUCGUCAUCAAUAUUUUAUCUUGGUUUCUAAUUAUUAUUUCAGCGACAUCUGCCUGAGCAAUGUUGUUUUCAAGUCUAGAUUCAUCCUGUGUGUUGCUGGAAUUGUUUUCAAGAAGCCUCAGUGGUGUUUUUAGGCUUGAGACAAAGGGUAGAUGAUGAAGAGAACAGUGGGGACAAUGGAAUGAGAUAUAGUGAGAGUCAGUGGACAUGGGACUGAACUGAGGGAAGAACCUAAAAUAAAGCAAAAUCUGUGAGUGGAGGAGUGAGAUUAAAAUAAAACAUUGUCUUGAAAUGCACAAAGCAAAAAAAGAUAAAUAGGAUGCAUAAAAAGGCUGGAAAAUUCAUGUAAGAGGGGGAAAUAUUUAUGCUAGCUAUACAAGAACAGUGUGAAAUACAAUAGCAGAAAUUUCAGGCUGAAAAAGUAGAAAAAAAUCUUACUGCAAGGAUUUACUGGAGGACCUCAUCAAAGGAAUUAAAUAUGUGUGGGUUCAAGCACCUUCCUAGUCCAGUAAUUCUCCAGGAGAGGUGUUUCAAUGCACAUAUUUUUCUGGCCUGACGUGAAGCCCCCUGAAGGCUGUGGAGCAGUGUCCACUGUACACAGUGGGCUUUGGGGCCCCUCUGAGCACGUGCUGGAGAAAGCAGCAGAAAAAUAAUGUAUGGAGAACAUUCCUGCCAUCAGUAAGAAGAUGGCUUAGCUGAUUUAAUAGCUUUUUCUCAGUCUGUGAUUCUAACAGCCAGGUUUGUGAUAUUUAUUUUAGUAUUCAUGUUCUUGCAGUCCUUUUUACAUUCCUCUGUUUUUCCCUGGCAGACAUCCCGCAGCUCCAUAAGUCUGGGGGAAGAGGAUGGUUAGCAUGUUGUUGCUGUGGGGAUUUGAGUCUUAGCUCUCUGUGUUGGUAAUGCUGGGCAUAUAAUUUUAAAACUUGCAUGCUGUAGAAGUAGAUAAUUAUUUCCCUGCUGCAUUUUAUACCCUGUUUUGGGAAAGGAAUAAAUUUCAGAAUAUUAAAGGAAAGGAAAAGUUCCGGUUUGGGGGACUACUGGAAAUGGAAGCAGAAAGAGGGGAGUAAUGGGUGUCAGUCUGGUUAUCAGUCAAGCUGCAAAGAGACAGCUUGUUCUGUCACACCAAGAGUGUCAGUAGUCAGCCAAGCACUUAUGCAGGAGGAAAACCAUAGACUGAAAGGUAAGGUUCAAAGACAUCUGUGUGUGUUUCUGAAAUGAGCUUGAAUUAAGCUACUGAGUUCUGCUUACUGAGUCUGUGUGUCACAUAUCUGAUUUCUGCUUAGCACAGGCUAUUUGUGUGAUUGCUACUUAUUUUUAUUGCAGGAUCUAUCCCCUUCCCUUCCCUUCCCUUCCCCUUCCCCUUCCCCUUCCCCUUCCCCUUCUCCUUCCCCUUCCCCUCCUUUCCCCAGUCUUUAAGCUUUUUAUAUGUCUGGGGUUGGGUGACUGUCAUCAAGUAGAAGGCUUACCAGUUCUAUCACAUACCUUUUUUUCUCCCUUUCCCCCCUUUUUUUCUUACCUCAGGUGGAAUAUGUUGUCUUCCCAUUUCUUUCAUGUAUAUAGGCUGAACUUCUGUUCAGCUCCUUUCUCAGCUGCUGUGAGCUCCUGAGAACUUCCUAAGGCCAAAGGGAGAUCCCAGGUCCCUCAGGACCUUUGUAACCACAGUUCAGUCGUGUGUAAAGUGGGCAUAAUCCCUGAAUUAUAAAAGAAAGGCUCUGUUUUGCAGGUAGUUCAAACCCCUUAUGUAGAGCUGUGGAAUCAUAAAUUAUUUAUCUUACUGGAGAAUAUUUCUAGAGGUCACCAGUUUCUGAUAGUUUCCUUCAAACCAGAAGUAGGUUCACUUAGAACAGUUUGCCCCCCCUAAAAUCUCUGACCUUGCCUAUCCAAACUUCUUUGCGAGUGCAUCAUUUAAUACAGGAAGCUCCUUGGGGAGGGUUCUUCACAUCUGCUGUCAUAAUUUCUUAUUUCCUAAAUGCAGCAAUUUGUACUUGAGUAUUCUUACCAGGAUUGUGCCUCCCUUCCCUCCCCCUUCUCUGGCACAUUCCUUUGUGGUGCUUCUUGUGUUUGAAAUCCCAAAUCUUCCCCGUUGUUAUUCCAGCGUUUCCUUACCCCUCGAUUCUAGGGGAGGGCAUGAAGGAAUCUGCUCCUUUAUUCUCAGGCUGUUUUCCUGCGGCUUGUUAGUGACAGCAAGUUGUCAUCAUUUUACAGCCAUUCAGCCGGUAACAAAACCAAGCGGAAUCUCUCAUUUCAGCUCCCCGGGAACAAGAUUUCCCCAAACAAAAACACACCACCACUUCUUGGAGCACUCAGCCUCUAUAGUAGCUAAGCAGAGGACCGAAGCCCAGUUUUAUAAAGAUGUUUAGGUGCUUGACUGCCACUAAAAACUGAAUUGGACCUAAGUACCUGUAAAUAGCUUUAAAACUUCGAGUGACUAUGAAGGCCUCCCUCAUCCAUCACUCUUGGCAGUGGUCCCCUCAGAAUGGAAGUGAGGCACAUCAGCAAGGUCACAGAAAAUACUUCCAGUCCUGCUUUCCAGAAACUGCACAGAUUAAGUGAAUUGCUGCAUUCUAGCGUGGCUUUUUAUGAAAUACAUCUUCCGAAGCAGAUUGCUUGUAUUCCCUAGAAGAAAAGAGCCCUUGCUUGCAUGAAAGCAAAUAUUUAAGUCAGACAACUUUUAAAAAGGAUGUAAAAUUAUACUAUAAAAAUACCCACCUUUAUAGCUUAUAAUCCAUUUUUUAUUAAAGCUGGGAAAUAAAAGUAAAAUUCACAUUCAAAUUACUUUCUGCUGUUUCUAGGGGAUACUCUUUGCAUUCCAGUUGGUUUCACUUGGCUCUUUCUCUACCCAUUUUCAGUGCUGCUGUUCUAGACUCGCAUAACCCUCAGGGAAAAAUUUAUUCCCAAACAUAAAACCUGUAUGGAUUUUACAUUUUUAAUAUUUAGUAACAUUUAACUGUGUGUUAGCCUUGGAAUCACUUUGUUUUCCAGUGCACCCAGAACGCUGGGCUAGUGCUGACUGAAAAGUGUUUGAAGGGGGGAGGCUUUCAUACUUGUGCCAGGAGUUCCCUCAGUGACACUGUAAAACCAGGAGCAAGUGCAGAGAAAGCCAUUUAUUCUGUUUUUUUGGUGUAAAGAACAACCACUUGCAAUGAUUCCCUGCAAUAAGUGUCGCAGACUUUGGGAAGAUUUGGUUCACAGAAUCACAAAAUCACAGGAUAUUCUGAGUUGGAAGGGAUUUAAAGUCCAGCUCUUCAGUGAAUGUCCCCCCCAGGGAUCGAACCCACACCUUGGCAACAUCAGCACUGAGCUAAUAUCAGGGUUGAACUGGUUCUUGUUUAAUUAACUUGCACUUUUGUUGUGUGCAGUCACUUUCAGGUUCUGUGGGUUUUUUUUGAGGGAGGAUGGGGAACAAACAUUCAUCAGUGCAAUAAAUAAGGAAGUCAGUGGUCGUGUUGGAGAAACACUCGAUGCGCCUUUCUGAAUGCCUGUCUUGUCUUUUAGGUUUGUAUUAAAUGUCUGAAGUAUUUGAGCGAGUUCUUUAGCAAGUUUACUUUCAGUCCAUGCUCCCCAACUAAAGCAUGUUCCUCCAGUUGCUGGGUUGGAAAGGUCUGUGAUGAGUCCUUGGAGGAGUCUUUGUCCUUCCGUGUCUCCCCUUCACCUUCGUCGUGUUAAACAGAGCGAAUCCCAGGCAGCCCAGCAGUUACUCUCCAUCUCUCCCGUCUGCUUUCAGGUGUUUCCGAGGGGGCUGUGCUGUUGAGGUGAGAUGUCCUGGUGCUCUCCCAUGGACGUAGGGAGAUAGCAGACAUGAUCCCCUGAGGAGGCCGAGCCCCGCGCUGCAAGCAUGGCCUUCGCCCAGUCGCACAUCAUGGCAGCCCGCAGGCACCAGCACAGCAGGCUCAUCAUCGAGGUGGACGAGUACAGCUCCAACCCCACGCAGGCUUUCACCUUCUACAACAUCAACCAGGGACGUUUCCAGCCCCCACACGUGCAGAUGGUUGAUCCGGUGCCCCACGACGCUCCCAAACCUCCAGGAUAUACACGAUUUGUCUGUAUUUCUGAUACUCACUCAAGAACUGAUCCCAUCCAAAUGCCAUAUGGAGAUGUGUUAAUACAUGCUGGUGAUUUUACUGAGCUGGGACUUCCUAGUGAAGUAAAAAAAUUCAACGAGUGGCUAGGUAGCCUGCCCUAUGAAUACAAGAUUGUGAUAGCAGGAAAUCAUGAAUUGACCUUUGACCAGGAAUUCAUGGCUGACUUAAUCAAGCAGGACUUUUACUAUUUCCCCUCUGUUUCUAAGCUGAAGCCAGAGAGCUAUGAAAAUGUACAGUCUCUCCUAACAAACUGCAUCUAUCUUCAAGACUCUGAAGUGACGGUGAGGGGAUUCAGAAUAUAUGGCUCCCCUUGGCAACCUUGGUUUUAUGGCUGGGGCUUUAAUCUUCCGCGAGGCCAAGCACUAUUAGAGAAAUGGAACCUUAUUCCAGAUGGAAUAGAUAUUCUUAUAACACAUGGACCACCUCUCGGUUUUCUAGACUGGGUUCCUAAGAAAAUGCAACGGGUAGGAUGUGUCGAGCUGCUGAACACGGUCCAGAGACGAAUACAGCCAAGGCUUCAUGUUUUUGGACAUAUCCAUGAAGGUUAUGGUGUCAUGGCUGAUGGAACCACUACCUAUGUGAAUGCAUCUGUGUGCACUGUGAAUUACCAGCCACUUAACCCACCUAUAGUUAUUGACUUACCUACUCCAAGGAACACAUGAUUAUAAGGAGGAUUUAAAGUUGUACCCAACACAUUAGCAACUUUAUAUUGCUGGCUGAGAAUCCCAAUAGGGAACCAUUCAACAAAAACAAACAAAAAAAAAGCAAAAUCCUUCUUUUUUUCCCUGCUAGCUCUUCGCAGAUAAAUUUCGAGUAACAAAAGUGGAUGAGGAACAAAGACAUUUUGGUGCCAGAAACAGAUUAAAGACUUAACAUUUCACCAUUAAAAUAUUUGUGAACACAAAAAAGUGAAUGCAUUCCACAUAUAAAUAUAUAUAUAUAUACAUACACAUAUAUAUAUAUCUAGUAGGGGCUUUUGUAUAUACCGUGUAUUGGACUUAUUAAAAGAACAAUGUCUUUCAAAGGAGUGUUUCUUUAAGAAAGUUUGCAGUUUAAACUUCAGUGUUUAGACUAGGAUUCCCUCAUUUCAGAUGUUUCCCAGUGAGCUCUUAGUAAAAGAAAAAUUAUGGUGAAGAUGUUUUCCCUUAAUUAACAUGGCAAAUAUAAAAGAUGCUGCACAAAUGACCAGUCACUGGAGGAAAGCUAUUACUCCAAGUCCUCCAGGUCUAAGUCUUUGCAUCUAUUCAAAACCAAUGCAAUAGAGGCCCUAAUUCACUGUACUGAAAUGGAAGUUUUACUACAUCUGGCAUUACAGAUGGUAAGGGAAAUGGUGCAUAUUGCCAGCAUGCUGUAAACAGCUCAACAUUCAAGAAGGGAGACUGUGUUAAGUGCAGUAUAAACUCAGGAAUUUGUAACCUGUAAAAAAAAAAGGAUGACAUUUCCCUAAAAAAAAAAAAAAAAAAAAAAAAAAAAGGAAAAAAAAACAAAGAAGAAAAAUAUAUAACUGUGUUUUCAUAUGGUAAAGAGAUACGUGACUGUAUUUAAAAAAAAAGAAAACAAAAAAAGAGAAAAAACACAAAAAGCCCACCCAACGAUCAGUAAUGGUGUUUUAAAUAAAACCCACUGGGACCGUGGGUUUAAAACCUGCUAAUGGGGUGUGCAGCCAAAGCUGAGAUGACUGGUUUGAGUCUGGCCCUGAUCAGGAGGGGUUAAAUGUCGUUGUGAUCAUUUUGUCCCUGGGGAACAUCGUGGAUGUUCUGGGGGAAGGCGCCAUCCCAGGGUGGGGUUUGGGGAUUCACUUCUGGAGAGCUGUAACGAGUACACACUGAUGGGCACAGAGCAGAGGGCACCUCCCCUGGGGUUGCUGUUUGCCCACUCGUGGACACUGCUGAGAGAGGCCCAGGACAACCUGAAAGCCACUCGUGGUGCUGUAGGUGCCACCAGGCAGAGCAGGGGAUGUGCCACGAGCUGGUUGGGGUGGCCCACAGUGGCACUGCCCAUGCAGCUCUCCUGCAGGCCAGCAGGGGUGUUGAGGCUGCUGGGAUUUCACUCCUGUCCUAGGCAGAAGCUUAAGAAUUGAUUGGAAACCCACCAAAAGAAAGACAUGGAUUUCUGCCUUGGACUAACCAACAUCUCCUUUUGCCUUGAUGGAGGUUGUUCAGCUUCUGUAUUCUGAACGUGGACAUCCUCAGUUUGGGGCUGAUGGCAUCUAGAUGUUAAUCUUGUUCACACAGGUUGGGCAGAGCCCAGCAGUGCCAGUUCAGAGCUGUCUGCAGGUCUGUGCCUGGCCCACCUCUGCACUCAUGCACUGGAUAAUUGUGUGUGUGACUUUUUACCCAAUAUGUGGAUGUAAAUGUGAGCUUCACGUGGCAGCUGCAUGUACUUGACACACAUGCACAAUUUAAAAUACCUGUGUGGCAAAACCAGGCUGUGUCAGCUGCACCUCUGAGCCAGGUGGGCAGAAACACUGCUUUUUGCUGGUUCCCCAUGGGCAGCAGCUCUUCCAUCAGCUGCUGGGAGCUGAGAUAUUCCAGCCCAGUCACUACCUUGGACCCACAAGAAGCCACCAGACCCCCAGAAAACAUGACAAGUCACAGGUCUGUCAUUCUUUGUGACCUGUUGGGUGACCUUGUGUCUAAACUGAUGUGCUGCUUUUUCCUGAAAACGAAACCCAAAACAGUCUUUGACGCCUUGUCACACGCCUGCGAGUGGUUUUUGGGUGAGUGGUUCCCAUGAGAAGCCUGCUGUGAAUUCAGAGGGGGCCACUUUUGUCAGAGCUACUGGUGUAGAAAUUGCAGAUCAACUCCUAAAUCAGCAAGAACUGAAAUUCAUAGUUGAAUAUGAACUCCUGCCGUCACUGGGAAGAUGAACAAUAGCACUGUAGUUAGAAUAAAAGUGUCUUAGCUAGUCACAAUUCAAGCAGUUUGCAACAAAUGUGGCAGGAAAUUGGCUGUAUGUUAAAGUCUGAAAUGUUUACAUUCGCUCAUGGCACUUAAGAGACUAAAAUGUUAAAGUGGGGGGAAGAGGUCCUUUUAUUGGCCUCAGCAACAUUUCUAUGUGGACCAUAAACUAUUCUCUUAAAAAUAAUUUUUUCCUGAGGUAUCUUCCAAAUACUGUGUAUUUUUAUGUGGAAAGGAUAUGAAAGCAGCUGUUACUUCAAAAUAUCAUUUAAAGUACUUGAGGUAUGAAAGCUUAAAGAUUAUUUAAUCAUUUUGGCAUAACUUGAAUGUUGUUGUAAUUUUUGGUCAAGCAUGUUAGACAAAUAAAGUCUUAAAAAAAAAAACCAAACCAAAACAAGACCACACAACAAAAAACAAGGUCUCUUAAUAUCCAGCUCCGUGUCAGAAAGACUGCCAUGUUCUCCAGGGGUGGGGAUAUUAAAGGCUGUGAGAUAUUAAAGGACAAUGGUGGUAUUGAGGUAUUGAUGGUUUUGGCAGAGGGGGAUCAGCUGGCAGAGGGGCUGGGGACGAUGGGCAGAGGGUGCCCUGCUCUGUGCACCAGUUCCCUCCUACCACACCUCCUGCAGAGGGGAGCAAGGUGGAGUUUGGGGUUACAGAGGGAGGGGAAAGCAGCAACCACUGCCUGUAACUGCUGUGUUUUGGUGGGAGACCGUGGCACAUGUGCCUGGGAUGCCAUGAGGGAGUGCUGCAGAGGAGCUGUGCAGAGGCUGGGAAAUGGGAUGCCAUCCUUUGGGCAUGGAUGGCAGCUGGGGGAAGAAGGAUGGUUCAUACUCUGAGUGUAAGGACAAAACCUCAUGGAGAGGGAGAUCAGGGCAAAGUGUCUGGUUUUAUUUUAACUUUGUGGGCACAGAAAGACCUGGGCUUCUGAUCUACCUCAGGUGAGGGAGUCCACGAAGAGGAAGGUUUCCACAAACUCGGUUUGGCAGUUGUCAGCUCUGUCUAAAUUCUGGGGUGCUCUCCCAAGUAAUUUCCUGUCCCUCCUCCCUGUUGCUGACCUUCACUGGGAUCUGUCCAGAAUCACAGAACAUGCCGGGUUGGAAGGGACUCUCAAGGAUCAUGGAGCACCCAAAGGAAGGUGCUGAUGUGUGUCAGCAAUGAGUGCAUUCCCAUCACCAGGCAGAAUUGUUCCUGAGAUUAAUUUUGGUUCCUUUCAGCAAUGAAUAGGGGAGAUAUCACUGCACGUCAAUGGGAAAAAAAAAAAGAGAAGACAGGAUUAUUUAUACCUCCCUCAGUCACAUAUGGCCAAGGAUGUGAAAUGUUCCUUGGCUAGAAGGAAGGAGCAGGCUGGGAUUCAGCACCCACCCAGGCAGCUGCCUGUCCCCAGGCAGCCCCCACCCAGGGCAGCUGCACCCCAGCCUGGGGAACCAGCUUUAGGCUUUCACAUGGUGCUCUCUGGUAGCCCCUGAAGGCAGAGCCUUCGGUGAGGUCACUGCAGAGAAUGGGACUGGUGGGAGCAGCAUGCUGGCCCAGCUCCUUCACUGGGGAGGUGGCUGCAGGGAGGAAGGGUGAAAAGACCCCCCUCAGAGUGACACAUGGACACAGGGCAGAUGGGAAGGUGCUCUGGCCUUGCUGCAGGAGGGAGACACAGGAGAUGAGAAGCAGUUUGUCUUCUCCAAACACCAGUUGCUGCCAAUAGUCAGCAUAAAAGCUUCAGAGGAAGGAGGAACAAGACAUCCCUUGGAAGGAAAUUUUUGGAGUAAUCUGCCAUCGGGGAUCUCUGCCCCCCUCCCAUUUAUUGCUGUUUGUAUGUAAUUUCUCUCUUAAAACCCAUAUUAUUGCUUACUGCUCAUGUAACUCACAUACAGGGAGUUUAACUGCAAAUGGUCUUUCCUUUCAGGUACAUUCCUGUCCCUUUCUUGCAAGUCUCUCUGCAUCUGUGAUUUUAGUGCUGUGCUGGAACAGGGAGCUCCCUGGAUGAUUAUGCACAGUGCAUUAGAACAACAGCAUUUUGCUUAUCCUCGUACAUGUGCUGCUGCUCAGCUUUAUUGACUGUCCCUUUGUUCUCUUUUUAUGUGAAAAGUGAAAAUAGGAGUACUUAUAUGUACCUUCUUUGUGCUGUUUGUUAUUUUGUAUUCUGCCAUUAUGUUACUUUUUACUCACUUCACCUAGAAAUUAAAAUCAUUUCAAUUCUAGCUA